AUGCCUCAGGACCACGACCCGCCUUCGCGGCCCCUGCUGCCGGUGACCGACUCCCCCAAUAUCGGCCUGCACUACUCGCUCGCGCUGCAGUUCAUGGGCAUCGACCUCCUGCUUAUCCAGACUAAUAGCACCGCCGACUCCCGCGACCUGGCGCCGCUUCCAGCGAUCUUUGCUGCCACUGGUACUGAGACCGACGCUGCUAAUUUGAACCUCAACCCUUGUAUUUCCAAUACCGCUCGCCUGGUGCUGCUGAUGCUGCAUAACGAUGUGUUUUCUCGUGCUCAUACGUUUCUGACGAAACCGCUGAGUUACGGGUCUCUGGCCAGUGCUAAGCCUAAACCAGCCACUGGGUUUAGUCAACAGCUUCAGGUGAUGAAUAUUCCUGAGACACUGGAGGCUCCCACCGUGGAAAGUGUCGAGAAACGGCUCCGUAUCCUUGAUCAGGAUCUCCACCUGAUUAUGAACCAGUUUAAUCUGGCACUCGCUACAUUGACUAAAGCCGCUAUCAGUUUUGUUGACUGCCUCAAAAAGUUCGUCAGUGAGACCCCAUCUCACCGGUCAAACCCCGUUAACUGUUAUAACAACAACCACGUGCGCCGCAUCGUCAAACUCUACCUUAACUUCUACGAUAACUUACUCGCCGACGAUGUGUUCCUUCUGGUUAAGCUCAUGUUGGUGAAGAACUUCAAUGAGUUCUGUCUGGUGCUUGAUAACCGCUUCCAAGUACUGGGUAACGGUCUUCUGAUUAAACCGAGAAACUAUGCCGUGGGCAAUCUGGUAUCGCUGUUCCCUCGCCAAGCGUUAUUAUCACGAAUCGUCAGACGUAUGGCUACGACUCCUACCAAUGUUAAAGAGCAAAAUGGGGCAUUUAUUGCUCCUAUCUCCCGUGGGGUUUCGCCUGAAUUCCGCGUGCUCUGCUUACAUUUCGGCUACCCGCUGCCGCUGGACUACCACCGCAAACAGGCCCAGUCAAUCGGCAACAUGUACGACGAUAUCCACGUGGUGGUGACGAAAAACCACAUCGAAGCCGCCUCUCUGGGCAUCGACGUGGCGCUGGGGAUGGAAAAGCUUCUGAUAAGACUGCAACCGCAACCGCAACUGCAACCGAAGCCGAUGCAGUUUAAGCUUCCCUUCCGCACUCCGCUGGAUCCAAAAGCCCCACCUAUGGGACUCUCGUUGUCUACUGAGGCGCUGACACGAACCCUGGGUACUGUUGGUGGCUACAUAUACCCUAUCAUUGACUUGACCAAGCAAGCUCACGUGGCUCAGUACGCCAACUGUAAGUUUGCCAUAUCUUGUGGCCAUGUGUGUCUUGAGCCUGGUGAUAGCGCUACCAGCCCCACUGACUACGCGCACGUACUGCUGCCGUCACUGGUGCUUAUUGGCAUGUACAAGAAUGCCCUUACUGCUCAGUACUCGAAAGCGGUGUCGGGGUCCCAGCCUAAUCGGGAAGCAGCGGUGGCCUACAGCCUGGCGCUCCACCAGCUUGAAGAGCUUUUCCCGGUGAAGAAAGUGAAGUCAAAGAAACCAGAGGCACCGAGAAACUUGCCUCGUAACCGGUUUGGUCAAAUUAUUUGGGGCGAACGGACAUUGAUCCCCGCUAUUCGGGGAUCCACCAACGAUAAGGGUAAACUGCCCAAACGUCUCCUGGACUUGGCCAUCAUCAAAGUGAAUAAGAAGCUCACCUGCCAUAACUACCUUGGUGAUGAUAUCGCGUUUAACGAGUUUGACCCGGCGCUUAUGUUUGAAAACUUAUACGUGCGAGCCGUUGUCAAUUUAACUCGUACCAACGAUAAGCUUGAUCUUUCCAUUGACGACGUUGAUGACGAAAUCGAUGAGCUCCACGAAGGCUUGCUGGUAUUCAAGUACGGGCUGACCACCAAGUAUACCCGGGGUACGCUUAACGGCAUUCGUAUGGUGUACUGGCUUGACGGGGCGAUCCAAUCGCUGGAGUUUGUGGUCAACGCUUACGAAGCGAACCUGGCGUUUGCCGCAGGCGGCGACUCCGGGGCGUGGAUCUUCACUAAGCUUGAAGACAUGAACCCCGAGCGGAAAGGGCUCGGUGUAGUGGGGAUGCUACACUCGUUUGACGGUGAGUUCAAGCAGUUUGGGUUGUUUUCGCCGAUGAAGGAGAUUUUGGAACGGUUGGAGGAAGUGACCAGUAUUUCGUGGGCAGUGGUGGGGGUGCCCAAUAAGCACGAUACCAAUGUUGACGNGCCGAUGAAGGAGAUUUUGGAACGGUUGGAGGAAGUGACCAGUAUUUCGUGGGCAGUGGUGGGGGUGCCCAAUAAGCACGAUACCAAUGUUGACGAUGAGCAGUCCACCGAUGAUGAGUACGUUGACCGCUACGGCGACGACUCCAUCACUAUAGACAGUGCCUUAGACUAG